GGCCCCAAGUUACCCUGGUCUCCCUGGUGAGGCAAUUUCGGCGUUUUCUCGUCGAGUUUCGGUACUGUGUCGCACAGAAGCCGACACAUAAUUCGAUGAUGGAAACUGAACCAAUUGUGUGUAGUCCAAGAUUGCGCAAUUAUCGACACGUUCGGGAACAUGACAUCGAUUCCCGAUCAUGUCCAGGCCCGCACCGCACUCCGGCCCUUCCACUUUGCACUGUCACGAAAAACCCCCUCCUUGCCGAACCACUCCGAGAGAACGUCCUUGAUACCCCCGCCUGGUCGCCAAAAUUUAUCCUUUGCUCGCUUCCAAGAGCCAAGGGGCCGAAGCCGUGACGCGAUACCUACGUUGGGGCAUAAUAUAAGGGUGUGAUCGAGAUCGAGAAAGUGAUGUAAUAUUGUACCCUACGAUGCCGCUUACCUUCUUCUCGUUACUUUGGUUGGUUGGUGCUAACUCCAUGAGAGCUCAAGACCCAGCAUCAGUAGGCGGCAUAUAUCGGAGGAUAGUGUCUAUUGUGACAGUUGUUGUGAUAUGUGUGAGGAUAUAUUUAGCGGCUAUUCGGGUGCGGGAAAUGCACAAUGUCGUCACCAAGCGGAGACGAAUGAUUCCUUUUUCGGAAGGCCCUCGCACCGCAACCGAAAAACUCGCUAAGUACAACCACAUUUCUUCUUUAUCUAGCUCCGAAUAG